AUGGCCAAUGGUCCUGUGACUGUGGGCAUGAGUUUGGAUAUCGCCAGUAUUGACACCAUCUCAGAGAUCAACAUGGACUACACAGCCACCAUCUUUCUCCGCCAGCGCUGGACAGAUGAGCGUUUAGUAUUCGAGGGCAACAAGAGCCUGAGCCUCGACGGACGACUGGUGGAGCUCCUCUGGGUCCCUGACACUUUUAUUGUUGAUUCCAAGAAAUCUUUCCUACAUGACAUCACUGUGGAGAACAGGCUGAUCCGCAUCUUCCCCAACGGGACAGUCCUUUAUGCUCUGAGGAUUACAACUACUGUGGCUUGCAACAUGGACCUGACAAAAUAUCCCAUGGACAAGCAGACGUGCACACUGCAACUGGAAAGCUGGGGCUACAACAUCAAUGAUGUGAUGUUCUACUGGACCAGAGGAAACGAGUCCGUCAGUGGUUUAGACACUCUCCAGCUGGCUCAGUACACCGUGGAGGACCACUACACAUCAGUGUCAGAAGCCGUCUAUGAAACCGGCCGUUACCCCAAACUGGUCUUCCACUUCGAGCUGAAGAGGAGUAUUUUGUAUUUCAUCCUGGAGACGUAUGUCCCCUCAAGCCUGCUGGUGGUCCUCUCAUGGGUUUCUUUUUGGAUAUCUCUGUCCUCAGUUCCAGCACGUAUUUGUAUAGGAGUGACCACUGUCCUUACCAUGACCACUUUGAUGAUGGGAGCCCGCACGUCCCUCCCCAAUGCCAACUGCUUCAUCAAAGCCAUCGAUGUCUACCUGGGAAUCUGCUUCAGCUUUAUUUUUGGAGCUCUCAUUGAGUACGCUGUGGCACACUUCUGCACCUUAACUCACGCUGACGCCCACAUGCUCAUGUAUGGCCACCACCUGCACGACAUGGAUGAUGAGAUGAAUGGUAUCGUCACAACCAUUUCAAGUCACCCCCACAGGGCCAAGAGACGCAAGGAGGCUGCAGUCACCUCUCCCCCUGCUCCCACUACAACAGAGCUCACGGUCAGCCCCCCCAGUCCUUCAGGCAGUGAGCCGAAGUCUGAGACCACCCCUCCAGAGCCCACCCACUGGUGCCUCACUGCUCUGGCCACGCUUCGCAAAAUCCUCCGUGUUAUAUACUGCUGUCGUGUGGAGAACCCCCACCAAAUAGACAACUACUCCAGAGUCACCUUCCCUUUGUCUUUUGUCAUGGUCAACCUCCUCUAUUGGACAUAUUAUCUUUACUUCUAGUGUUUACCGGAGAGCACUGCGUGCCCUGGAGAGUGUGAGACAAAGACUGUUUCAGGACCAGAAGUGUAUGUCACUGUACAGACGGCAGUGCCCUAGCGUGGUCUAAACAUCAGUUGAAACGCUUAGAUUCAUGUCCAAAGUAACAUAAUCAUAUAAGGUAGUUUUGUUGUGAUUCAGCAUCUUCAUAGAUAUUUACAUGCUAGAUUAAUAUUUUCUCCGGCAUUGUCAUUGCCCUAAAGAACGGCUUUCCUGGUCCAGAGAAAAUGGGAAAUUCUGACACCAAGAGGGAACAAACUAUGCUUCCAAACGCAGACAGGAGGGGUGUGCUAUUCCACUUUGAAGAUGAAGUUUAAGGAUUAUGAUCAGCACUGUUAAGUGAAAACAAAAUACUGUUUCAUUUUGUUUCUACUUGGUCAUAAUUGGAUUUUUCACUUUUAUCAUCAUUGCCUGCACAUAGAACAGUUAGAGGAAAAACAGGAAGAAGUGGCAGAUGAAGGGUGGAAUAAGCCCACACACUGAGAACGUUAAAAGCAUUCGGACAAGCAUGGCUUCAAAGAGAAGACUCAUCCCAGAUCUUUCAAUGUCUCCUUUAUCUGUCUCUCUGUUUUUUUGUUUGUUUGUUCUUUUUUUUAAGGUUGGUCUAGUUUAAUACAUUUUCUUUGCCGAUAUAUUUUAUAUAAAAAUCUGUGGCCUGUCAUCCCUACAAUAACCUAAGAUAUUUCUAUUUGAAGUACAUGUUAUGAAUGGAAAUCUUUUUAUUUUAUACUUGAGAUAAAACAUGUUAAGAUAUAAAAAGGACGUUAACCUUUUUUGAUUUGCAGACCAUCAUCUCCUUAGCUUCCAGCCUGUGGCCUGUGUUUGCCCCACUUGUUUCCCCUAUUUCUAGUGACAGAGCAGCUAAAAAAAUAAAAUAAAAUAAAAAAUUAAUAAGUGAUAAGAAAAGAACCAGAACAAAGACUUUACCAAACAAAUGUUUAUGGUUUGUGAGGUUUGAACAUGGAGCACAGCUGGAGACUUUAAAUACUGUUGGAUCUUUAUGAUUUAGGGUUAAAAUUGAAAAUGAAGGAAAACUGCAUUCAGAGGACUUCUUUUCUUUAUUGAAACAAAAUAUUUGUUUUAGAAGUUUAGAUUUUAGGAGAAAGGCACAUUUUAUUUCUUUGAACACUGUUGUCUGUCUUGUCCCUCCAGAACUGUUGUGGUUCAUCUGAGCUGCUCUGCCUGCUGGUCUAACCUGCUGUAAUGAAAGAUUAGUGUAACAGUAAUACACUUAGACAUGGCUGCUAAAUGAAGACUGGACUUUAUAAGCUGCAGAUUUCCUGAUUUGAUUCCGUUACACUGAAGCUGGAUCCAGAUUUUGACGAGUUACACUUUGCAGAGGGAUUUGAAUAUAAAUGAAGUGACCCAAAUAUUUCAACAGGAUGUCAUCCUGUGUGCAUCAACCGGAUAGAAAAUGUUCGGGAUGUGCUAUGCUUGAGAUUUUUGAAACUUGUGCUUUGUCAGCACUCAGCAUGUCAGUUUAGCUGCUGCAGUGUGGUUGUUGGUAAUGAUGAGCCCGAAGUACCAAAGACUCUAAAGAAAUGUCUCAUAUUUGCUUUUUUUGUCACCAGGAGAUGUUCAUUUUAAAUGUUUACAUUGUUGAGCUUAGUUUUUUUGCUGCACUAGUAGAGGGAUUCAAAAAGAGCAUGCUGUUACUGAGCGGAGGAACAUGGCGCCUCAAACUGGAAUCUUGGUUCAGUUUUUUCAACACAGAUGCAUGUUUAUUUAUUGCUGUUAACUACCGCUGUGUAUUUUCACUCUUUUACAUGAAAUCAGCAGCUGUCACAGGAUUCCAGACUUAACUUUUACUGUAUACAAUAUAACUAUUCUUCUGAUUUCUCUUAGCUUCAUGUUUCUCAUAUUAUUAAAAUACCAUUUACUAACAAAUGCGCACCUUUGCCUGAAGUUAGAAAGGUUAUGUUCUGCAUGAUCAAGUGAAACUUUUAGUUUGAUUUAAUUAUUUGAUUUUGAUGUAGACUAACUGUCCAAAUGCUAAACUGAGACUUAAUCCAAUGUCAUGUUUAGAGUUGGGUUGUCCCAGACCUGAAAGUGCUUUAGUCAUCCACCUUCUCAUUUAGAGCCUGCUUUCAUUCGCCUCCACCUAAACUCUUUCUCUCUGUGGAUGCUGGAGACCACUAGGGGUGUAACGAUUUGUUUUAAUAGCAAUUUGAUCAAAAUUUGUUUUUGUGGAUAUGAUUCAUUUUCAACAUUAAUUCAUUUUGAACAAUCCGAUUAACUGACCUAAAAUGUAUCAGAAAAUCUUGAUCCCAAACUUCCACCAGUGUGACUCAAAGUAUUGAACAGUGCUGACCUUCUACUGAACAGAUCAGGUGAAGUUUUCCAGAUUCUUUGGAUUUCUUCAAGAUCAUAAAUUACAUGUGUGAACAAACAAACAAGUAAACAAGAAUGAAUGUCAAAUCCAUUCACAUUUUAGUUUGAUCAAGUUCAGUCCACUGUUGUUUUUCCACAUCAGAAUGAUCAUUAUUAGAACAUUCUACUACACUGUAUGGUCACAUGACUGAUCAAUUCAAAGACUGAAUGAUGGUUGAUCAGUUUCUGCUGCAUCACAUGUGAUUUCUGCUGUGAUGGACCCUGGUUGUUUUUACGUUAUAGUAAAAUAAACCUAACAUGUCUCAAUCUAAAUGGUAUUUUUCAAGAUUGAUUAUAAUCAAUUCAUCUUAUUUUAAAAUAUUUUCUUAAUGUUAAAGUUCAAUUCUAUAUAUGAUUUGGUUUAAUUAAAAACUUGUAUCGGACAGAUUUAUCUGAUUGGAUCGUAGGAAUAGAAAUCUAUUAGGUCGAUUAAUAGUUACACCCCUAGUGACCACUGACAUGUUAAAGAGUUAACCAUGUGAUAUAUCUGGGUAAGUCAACUGAGAAUUGAAUCUCACAACCUGGACCUAUGAAGCAGGUUUUCAGAGGGCCAUGGUUAAACAGUGACAGCAGAGUUUUGUCCAUGCUACUUUCAUGCACAGAGUUAAUCUUCAUUUGAAUCUGGUCUAAGAGUCCUCGCUGUCUUUCACUUUACUUCCAUUGCUUCCACAGUGGUUGCCAGAAACAGGCAGGGCUUGGGGAGGUUACUCAACGAUGGAGAAGACAGGACAUUGCCAGGACACAAACUCUUGUGUUUGGUAACAGAAAAUAUUAGAAACUGUUGGAAAUGUUCUUGUUGUUAUCAGUUUAAGCCUCAACUUCAGUUCAUGUGAAAUGUAUUUAUACACAGCAGUAACAUGUUCAUACUCUGUACAUACAUGAAAACACUAUGCAUGAUUAUUUGGUGUGUGAAUAUGAAUGAUAGCAAUAAAACAGGUUUUGAUGUGUU